AUCAGACAUAUUAAUUUUCUUCUGUGCGCAAGUGAUUUCAUAAUGCCGUGGUGUCUAACUCACAGAAUCACGGGCGCACCACCUAGUGUUUCUGUUGGUUGAAAAAUCGGACUUAGGGGUUUAGAUCACCAUGGCAUUACAAAAACAUUCGCUUACUCGAGCUAAAACAUAUCAGACAUAUUAAUUUUCUUCUGUGCGCUAGUGAUUUCGUUACAGCGUGAUUUCUAACUCACAGAAUCACGGGCGUUACCUAGUGUUUCUGUUGCUUUAAAAAUCACACUUAGGAGUUUAGAUCACCAUGGCAUUACAAUAACACUCGCUUACUCAAGCUAAAACAUAUUGAACUUUAUAUUUCCACUUGGUGCGCAAGUGAUUUCAUAAUGCCGUGGUGUCUGACUCACAGAAUCACGGGCGUGCCACCUAGUCGGGGGCACCCAACGUCAAUUUUCGGAAAAAUCUGUUCGAAAGACGAUUUGAGAUCUAGAAUUUUCGGAACAUUUGUUGUAAAAUUUCUUGCUUGCCUGCCUCUCCUAAGAUUCUCGCCAAAAGUGGUAUAAUUGCCCAUUUUUAACAAAUUUUUCCCUAAAAAGAACACCUAGAAUUUUUGCCAACGAGGCAACCGAGCUAAGAAGCGAGGUUGCCUCGGCGGCAGAAUUAUAACGCCGCGGAAUGUAGGCCAAAGCUCUCACCUGGGUGUAAGUAAGUCCCCACAUUUGAAUGGUGACGUCAUGGUCUUGUAUUUACAACUCGUGGUCCGAAAUUGGGUGAAUCAGUGUGCAGCUGUUCGUUUUCUGUUCAAGAGCACCUAACAGGUGAGCAAGCUUUAAUACGAUUUCUAGUCUGAAAGGGCAAUUAGUGCUCUGGUUUGUUUUAUAUAUUGCGUUUAAAGCAGCAGCUGAUCAAGGAAUAGGGUUUUACGCUUAAAUUUUUGUCAGAACCAGCUUGUUUUUUGCAGCUUGAUUUACAUUGAGGUAGCGUGUUCGCUUUUCGACUCAGAGUCAGGGUUUUCAGUGUUCUCUUUUCCUUUGUGAAUUGAAUUUUAAGCGGUAGUUGAUCAAGGCGUAGGGUUAUAUUCUCAAAACUUCUAUCAGAACCAGCGUGUUCUUCUCAGGUCAAUUUACAUCGAGCCAGUCCUCACCUCCCGUGAGCAAUGCAACGUAUUUGCGGACCCUUUUUUCAGAAUUUAUUGAUGUCUUUCGAGAGAUUUUGUCAACCAGCAUGUUUUUUUGCUGCUCGAUUUACAUGAGACAGCCCAAAACUCCCGUAAGGAAUGCAACGAAUUUGCGGACCUUUUGUUUUGAAGACUAUCAUUGUGCCUUUCAAGAGACUCUUUGUCCUGUGACACUCGCUCAUUAGAUCUUUGUAUUUUAUUCAAGUUUAUAUUUUUAUACCUCUGAUACAUUCCGCCCCAUUCUUGCGCUUUUCACACAUUUUACUUUACCCCAAUUUUUUCUGGUGUAUAUUACCACGCAAAAUAUUUUUCCAAUCCCUGAUGACAUUGUUGUUCGGAAUUCAAUUAUUAUUUUUAUUUUCAGCAGUCGAAGACCUCAUUUAAACUAUAUUUUUCUUUCUAACGUUUAUAGUUUUGCUACAAUGGAAUUUUCCAAGAAACAUAAGUGCUAACUUGCUCAUAUUUACUAACAAAGCUUCAAGCCCUGUUGUGAAUGUUUAAUAAAAGUGAAAGCCUUAAAUACGCCAAAGUUGUUGUUUUGAACUUGGGUCAUCCUUUUCUUUUGCGGAAUCCAUUUUAAACCUCUAAAAUUAUGAAAAAAAAUAUCGCGAAGAUCUGAAUAUGCACAUUCGACAAAAGAUAAACGAGUUCGCCUCGUUGGCACUUGCCGGAAGGUACCCCUAGUCGGUAGCCUUUUACCUGGCUGGAAUUUUCGAAAAGGUAAGUUUUGAUCCUUAUAAUUUUCGCAUCACUAGAAUUUCAGUUAGGAAAUCCGAACAAAUGAAAAUUUUUUAGGGGAUAAAAAUAUGCCAAUAUCUACCGUUUAAAUACUAAAAUACGUUUAGCAAUGCUACGUUUAAGUGGUUUUGAACUAUAUUCUCGUUGGGUGCCCCUGCCUAGUGUUUCUUUUGCUUUAAAAAUUUCACUUUGGAGUUUAGAUCACCAUGGCAUUACAAUAACACUCGCUUACUCGAGCUAAAACAUAUCAGACAUAUUAACCCUUGAUUUUCUGUGUGCAAGUAAUUUCAUUUUCCUGCAAUACAUAGCUUUUUCUUGACUGGAUAACGAGUUAAAUAGCGGCAGCGGCGAGCUUUGGUAAUUUUUGGCGGGCUUUGGACACGUUUUGGCGGGAUGACGAUUUCAUGCACUAUUCGACCGAAUCCAUUUGAUCGCUUGGUCUUUGUGUUUUCUGCCUCUACUAUGACAUCUUUAGGAAUUUAGGCCGAGUUACUAUUAACAAUAGUAUUUCUGCAAACCUGUCGUUAAAUAAAGGAAUUUUUUUUUAUGUAGCCCGUUUGCACUCUUUUUACAUCAUUGACAGCAGAUCAUGCAUAAUAGUUACCAAACAAAUGCAGUCGGAUUAGAAGAUCUAACGUUUUCUACAUUAAAAUGCCUACCAGACUGCCGAUAAACAUUACCACUUACACAUUUAUCGUAAUAUCGUUAGGCUCAGAAACAUUUUCAAGGCACAGGAAGGCCGUCUUCUUCUUCUAAUGUCAUCUAAACCUACCCAGAUGCACACACCAUCCUUCGCGGUCAUCUCAAGAAGGCAAUGCUGGCUUUAUUCGAUCAGAGUUCAAAUCAAAAAUUCACAAUUCUUCCAUAUAAAGAAAAAGUCAAUUAUUAUUUCCAUUGUUUUGGUUAAAUUUUUAACUAUAGUGCGUUGAAUGUACAAGAUUCCAUCAGAGAGAGGCCAUAAACGUACAAGCACAACGCACCAGCGGGUGCGUGAAGCGAUUCACUGCGGAAACUGCAGUUUAGCAAGCUCAGGCCAAAAAAUUGGCUGAAUCUGCACACACAAAGCCUCGGAGAUCAAUGAUUGCAAUUUGCUUUGGCAUCUAUCUUUCCUUUACGAUGAGUAGUAUGCUGUGUGUUCACGGACUGUGGGUUAUACAUAAUCAACAUUUUGAACCAACGCUUUUACCUUCGUCCGAUUCUAUGUAAAUUCCCUCGACCUUCGAUACAUUCAAUACAAUAUGGAAGUACGCUACAUUUUAAUACUGGCAAAGACCAGAAAGACAACGCUUGAGUCAUAGGCCACGCGCAAUUAUUCUGGAUAACUCGUGAGCUGAGAACGCAAAUCUCAGGCAUAUGUUAAAUUGUAAUCCCUUCUCAAAUUACUCUAUCGCCAGAUGCCGCCUUAAUCUUGUUAAAAAUUGUAACGCUUUAGCGAAUAACUGACCACUGAUGGUUGGAUCAAACGGUGAAGAAACUAAUUGCUUUUAGCAGUAGGAGGUUUAUUGCUUGUCACUCAAAACCUAGCAUCCUUAACAACGCCGGCAUCAUGUGGUGUGCAAAAGAAAGUCGUAUGCGGGUCCUCAUGGGUCAGCCAUAGAAUGGUACAAGAGUUUCUUACAUGAUCCGAUUCGAUGUUCCGCCACACAUUCCGGAUUUUGGUUUCCGUUCAACACAGGCGGUGUUGGACACGGUCCGAAGGGCAUCAUGGGGAAAAAAUCAAAAACGGCUCAUUUGCAUCUGACCUUCGCUCUGUUCACAUCUCUCGUUACGCCAUAAAAUUACCGGGAGAAAUAGUGUGAUAUGGACAUUACAGGUCUUCUUCCGCUUUUAAAGGACAUAACAUGCGAUGUUCAUUUGAGAUCUUUCUCCGGGAAGGUGGCCGCAAUCGACGUUUACUGCUGGCUUCACAAAACUGUUAUUUUCUGUGUCGAAGAGAUUGAUUUUGGGAUCGAAGCAACGCGGUACGUAUCAACACGUCGUUCUUACAUGUGCCUAAAGUGCUUGAUUUUGAACGUAAGCUUCUCUUUAGCGCUCUUCUCACCACAGAUUUUUUUUCCAGGUACAUUGACAUGUGAAAGAAUGAUACUGAUCUUCUCAUCGAAAAUAAUGUGCAACCUAUUCUGGUUUUCCAGAAGAAGCUGGAGAGCAAGGCAAAUGUGGCAUCCUCCUCCGCUAACUUGUUGUUGUUGAGGACAACAGCAAGUUAGCGGAGGUUUUCUAGUCAUUUUUUUCCGUACGAAUUCAGUUUUAUCUGUUCGUUAUUUUUUGUAUGAUUUAUUAGGAACCAUGAAGAAUCUCGCACAGAAGGUUUAACUCUUUACGGACAAGGGCAGAAGGAAGAAGCCAAGGAACUAUUCAAAAGGAGAGGCCUAAGGGCCGCUUCCAUGACAUAUAUAUUACAAAAAAAAAUAUCAUAUUUUUAAAGACGAAUAAAAAGGAAAUGAAAGAAAGUAUUCUGGGCUGAUCGUGUAGUGAAAGUAUUCUAAGCUGGUUCGAUCGUGACCGCGCGAGUAUAUUUAUAAUACGAAAGAUGCCGCGGAAUGGAGUCACGAUUCACGCACGUAGGUAAACUUCAAGUGGCAUUUUGACCCGUAAAACGGCGGGGCCCGCUGGGCCCGCCGACCAUUUCAGAUUCUUGAACAACAAAACUAAUAGAUUAUGCUAAAAAUGGAGGUCAGAGGUCGUUGAACACAGAGAAGAUAUAGACUGAAAAGCAUAAACAAUAGCUCUUAACUAAACAAAGGGAUUAUUCGCAGGAAGAAUUACAACGAACAAUAUCAAUAGAAAACAAGCAUACAUCAUAUUGUUAUAAGAACUGCGGCUUGCUACAUCUGUCUACUCAAACUUUUCCACAAAAAAUUAUCGUAAAUCACUUGAUAAACGGCGAAAAUCGAAGAAAAUCGAAGACACUACCCGCACAAAGGUGAAAGAAUCAGUCCGCCAUCUGCAAUGAUGUGAUUGGACAAAAUUGAUCACGUGGACCGUGUCCAACACCGCCUGCGUUCAACAUAUACUAGUGGUCCCUAGUAGUAAUCAAAGGUUACGGAGUGCGAAGGUCAAAGCGCUUUUGCUCCAGCGCUGUGCUUUACGUACGUUUCACGUGACAGAUGAUCAAAACACGCGUGAUCAAAUUACGAGUGAUAGAAAGUCCAAACGCGCGUGAUCGAAAUGCGUUCUGUACAUUCCAUACAUUUUUAGUAGAAGUCUAAACGAAUACCGGCUACAUACAUGCGAUGCAUGCGUAAUAGCAACCUGGAAAUGAGCCCAAGGAGUCCGCCGCGACCUUGAAGGUUUUAUCCUGGAUACACCAAAAGUGCCGUUUAAGAUUACCUCAAUCCAUAGCUUGCAAUAUAUAGAUUUAGCCAGGGCUAAAAGCGAAGCUCUGGUUAAUAAUACGUGUAAACAAAAAAAAUUAAAUCGUGUAACGCUAAACGGGGGACGACAAUGAAAAUGGCUUCAAGAGUAAUAGAUCUAAUUAGCAAAAAAACAAAUUGCACGUGCAGCACACUUUUUCUUCUAAUUAGCAAAAAGCAAAUUUGCACGUGCAGCACGCUUUUCUGUCUUUCCCUUGCCGUUGUUUUGCACGACUACAACACUGUUUUGUACGAGUAAAACGUCAAACUUCCUAGUUACACACUAUUUUUAUGGAGAAAUUGUCGUAUGUGCCUACCCAAUAUUUUGUAUCCAGUGUUCAUGUUCGCUUUUAUUUUUCACUGCCGCUCAUUUUCACCUUGCUGGCCGCUAACAUUUCUCAUUUUCUCACCGCCGCUUUGAAUUUCCAUGUUUUUCUUCCAACGAAUUUUCAAUAACUCGCUCUAGCUUUUUCUCUGUUAUCCACGUUAGUGUACACAUAAAAAAUAACGCCGAAAAAGACACGACUUUUUUCUUUCUAAAAGUCCGUUCGGCCAUGUGAUUUCCUUACAAAUAAAACCUUGAGUUGCAUUUGGGUUCCCAUACCUGUUGAUUGAGUUAUUUUACAUUGGUAUCCCUGUAGUGCGGACGGACGGUCGUACGGUCACGUGAUUACCAAAUUUUCUGGGAUGGGUAGAUUACCACAUUUCCUUAGCUAUGGGGCUUCGCGCGCGGGUGGAGCUCCGCUAUAAGCUUAACAGUUAAACUUGAAAGCUUAUUUGAACAUAGCCUGCGCGCAGACGAAAUUAAACUCUGGUUAACUCCGUCUGCGAAACAGCGCCGAAAUCCUUGUUCUGGACUUCCAGCUGUGUACCCAGAUGUGAGUACGCGCCACGAUUGGCCAGUUAAAAAAGGCCUUUGUUUUGUUUGUCGUGAUCGCCAAUCAGGUUGGAGGGGAAUUUGAAACGCACUUCCGGUAAUUCGUUGAGUCCGUUGGGGGUCCAGAACAAGGAUCUCUGCGCUGCUUGGCAGACGGUACUAAUCAGAGUUUAGUUAUCGUCUGCACGCAGGCUAAUUUGAACAUUCCUACAAAAAACCAGUGAGGUGUGAUAACACUCUAGUUCUCUGUUCAACUCAUACACGGCCAAGAUUUCCUUUCAGACUUAUGUACAGAUUUAUUACGCAUACAUGUCCUAUUGAACAAGAAAGUCUCUCUUGUGACAAAGUAUGAAAUUGCUAAUAAUAAAUGAAUGUAAAGAAAUCUUAGCUAUCCCGUACGUACAUUUCCGACUGCCACCACUUUAGCUUGCUUGUCAGUGUGCAAUCUUGUCUAAUAACAGAAUACCCUGGAAUAUGCAGUUUUUUUAUCCAUGUUGAAGCCAUGUUGAAGAGCGUUACUGGGGACAACGCUUAUGUCAAAUGGUGUUCGCCGCGUUUGUUUUUUUCGUGUUCGCGCCUUUAAGUGUAGUUUUACAGUUCAUUAGUUGCUCAUUGUUCGCGUACCUUUGUUCUUCGGGUUAGGUCUUUUCUUUUGCAUAUAGUUUAUCUAGCUUCUGUUUUAAUAUUUUGCGUCAGUUCUUCGUUGCCCUCGGUUCUGUGCACAUGCAGCUUUUUUAGCUCGUUCUGCUGUUUCGUCUUUUCUCGAUAUCGUCUUGUAAGUAUCUCGCUUGUUUCUUUCGCCUUUACCGUAUUGCUUUCACUUCAGGGGCACCCAAUGGAUCUGUUCCUCAAAAUAUCUGUUCUUCAGCCAAAUUUUUGCUGGCUGGGAGAUUUGGACAAAAUAAAAUGUCCUUGGAAAUUGGAAAAUUGUGGGUGUCUGAGGUGAUUUGAUGUGUAGGAUAGCUGCUGUGUGCUAUCUGUCAGAAGUCUCUUAGCCUCUGCCCCCCGACCCCAUCCCCACUGAAGGGGUAAAUGUAGCCCUUAGGUCACACCCAAUUUCCUAUCAAACCCCUCCGCCCCCCCUGAAGGGCUGAAUUUUGCCCUAUGGCCUACGUCUGCUGGGAAACUUCCCAGUAAGUCAGGUUGGAGGUGCCCCUUGCUGGCUGGGAACCUCUUCAUCAGUCUUGCUGGGAGUAAGGAACAGAUGAAUUUUCCCAGCAAUCUCCCAAAAUGUUUAAAAUAGCUUCAGACAUCUUUAUUCAUGCGUUUUUGUUGUUUUUAGGUCUUUUUUUCAAAAUUUUCCGUUGGGUGCCCCUGUCACUUGGUCCGGUAGUUAUUUUAGCUUAACUGUGUAUUCGUUUAUUGUUGUUUUUCAGUGCCGCUUCGUUCGCUUCGUGUCAUUUGUUUCACUUGACACAUCGGUUCGCCUUUUAUAAAGUCUAGAAAUAAAACUUGUGUGUCUGUGAGGAAAUCUGAAAGCGUGUAAAGGCUGCGACUAUAAAUGGAAAGGGAAAUUUCGGUCCGACCAACCAAAAUGACCAGACCGGUCAAAGUGGACCACCUUCAAAGGUGGUUCCAAAUAUUUCGGUUGGACCGAACCGAAAUGGACAGUUCCAUUUGAUUUCUAGCCGAAAUUUGCAGAAUUUUCAGAAUUUUGGCCUGAAUGUAAAAUUUCUUGCUUCCGCCACCAGUUGAUGUUUUAACUAAUUUUUACCCCUAAAAAGACUAGAAAGUCACUGCGCAGAUGUAAUCACUAGACUUUCAGCUAGGAAAUCCGAACAGAUGAAAAAUUUUAGGGCCAUGCCGUUAAAUAAAAUACAUUUAAUAAUUAAAUUCAAUGCGUAACUUGAAUCAAUACUGCUAUGUGAUGCGAUGUGGAUUAACAACUUAAAAUGCGGUGAUUCAGUUCAGAAUUUUUUCCGGUUCAGCCUGGAUAUCGUGGUUUUUUUACAGCAGCAAAUAAGUUGUAGGUAAGUUUUCUUUAAAAGUAUCUAGAUGUUUAAUCGAGUACCGACUUCUUUCCGAUUCCCGAGUAGAAAAAAGAAAGUUAAAACCCAGCUAAUACCAACCAGUCGUUCAAAAGGCCGAAGGAAUCGAAGGAAUCAUUUUCAAGUUUGGACCUUGUCCUUUAUGUUUCAGUAUUCGAAGGAAAUUUUUUCAUUUUUUAAAAAAGAUAUUGAAAGAACCGAAAAUCAACACUUAACCUGAAAAACGUUCCUCGGUCCUAACACACAUUGAUGCUGUUCCUAAAACCUGCCUCCACAUUAAUUAAAUGAUUGAACUGUGUAUUUGAAAUUUCGUAAAUUUAUGGCUUUAUAGUUCAACUUGAACUCGCGUUUAUUAGGGUAGAAAAGGGGAGCAAAAGAGCUCAGAUCUUUGCAUAAACCUUUUACUUUCUCACCGUGUAGCUGAUAAGUAUGUAGCUUUAAAUCGGCCCGUUAAACGGAAUACUGAUGAAGAGAAGUGGGUAAAAUAAGCGCACUAUCGGCUUCACGUUUGUUAGUCAGGCCCCAGUUGUUCAAGAGGUGGAUAGCGCUAUCCACCGGAUAAAUCACUAUCCACCAGAAAGAUUUCCACCAGAUUGGUUUUCCAAAUACUUAUCCACUGGUUAGUGAUUUAUCCGGUGGAUAACGCUAUCCAUCGUUUGAACAACCAUGGCCAGAUGAUGAUUAUUUCGGGCUACCGAAAAGAUUCGGCUGAAACUGAAUUCCUUUCGCCCUGCUCCAGUUCACGCAGUAGUCGAAAAGUAACUUUUAUUAUAUGGUGUUUACAAACGUUGCACUGGUUCUAACGAACUGUCACUGAUGAGGGGCCAGGCCCGAAACGUAAGGGAAACGUAUGACGAACCUUUUAGCGGGGGAACUAGCUGGGUUCUCAACAAACAACUUGUUCUGACUCACUGGUGUUUUAAUCAUUUAAGCUCCUAGCUUACAAUUCUCUCUUUUUGUUUUCGGUAAAUAUAGUGUUACACCUUUUUUCGUACCAGCCAGAAAACCAUCUGCUUAGUGUAAACUAAUACUUUCGUAAGUCUAAUCUUAUGGGUAGAAACGGUCUUAAUCAUUAGCACGUGAAACCUUCGAGAUAAUUAAUUUGUCAGACUGGUUUUUCUACCUAAGUUUUCACUAUUAUGCUUAAGUCAACUGGUCAAUACAAAACAAGGAGAACAAUAUAAAAACUACAAAGUAUCUAGUCAUACUCAAACUUUUUAAAACAACAGAUAGGAAAGUACUAUAAUUACAGUUUGAAAAUCUUAGGUUGUUGUCGAUUUACAGAAGGUGCUACGCUUCUUCAUCGAAGAUGGUUGGCUAAAACUUUUCCAUAAAUUAACCAUGGAAGUGAUCGCAAAACCCAGAAGGUAAAUUAUAAGUGCAGUUCAAGGUACAAGGCAGAAUUUAGAACAAUUUGUUUACCCAUAAAAAUACCUAUAAAAUCAAUAAAUGUGGUUCAAGUUAUCCACUGCCAUGAAUUCGGUUAAAAACUCAAGGAAACACGCUUAAAACUGUUAAAAACAAGUAAGGUAGUCAUUUCGUGGUAAAUAUCGACAGAAGACCAGAUUAAGGUAAAAAAUGUUAAACUGAACAAAAUAGUUAAUAUAAACAAGGCUUUGCUAUCUGUCAAAGGCUCUAAUUAAACAUAUUUCUUGAAUAGAAGUGUUACUGCGAAGAUACACCCACCAAAUUCGUACAUCUCUUUGCACCGAAUUCUUGUCAGGAGAAACUUUCUAUCGAUAAUCAAGGAACUGACUUAAAAACCAAAACUAUUAGUAGUGCAAUAGCUUACUCAAAUCAACCAACAAGAACACUUACAACAACUCCACUUAAAACAUAUAUCGAAGCAAACGCCACAAGUGGCUAAAGUAACUCUUCGAUCGACAUUUUCCUUCAACAAGACCAAGGAGAAUGGAUAAACAGAAAUCAUUUUCUUAUUUCGAGAGAGGAAGUUAUUUGAUCAGUGUUGAUACGUAGGAGUUGAACACCAAGUAAAGUAAGUCAAAUUGUUUUUUAUGAUAUUUUCCUCACCCAUAGAUAUUUUCCGAAUCGAACGAAUUUUUGUAAUAAAUCCCAAACACCAAAUAAUUAAUUCCUUUUAAUAAUUUCAAGUCAAAACAUGCUCACUACGAACAUUUUUCAUCGCUUCCAUUUUUACUGUUUAACACGUAACAAAUCCAUACAAAAACAAUAAUUUCGUUCAUACUAUACUUAAUUUAUUAAAAAAACAAGACAUAUGUAUCAGCUAAAAAUGGUUAUUUGGAUUGUUGCGAUGUCAACAGGAAUUGAAGAUUGACAACCUCGUCCCCAGGGUCUUCUCGCUUUCCAAUAUGGCGGCGGCGGGAGAGAAGACCCUGGCACACAGCAGAAAUCACGUGACUGAUUUGUCCACGGAGAGUGGAAAUUUAUUCAAAAUGGCGGCCAAGAUAAAGACUGAGAGGAUCUGGGUACGAGGUCUUGAGACUGAAGGAAAAGAAACAAAAUGGCGGCAAAGGCAAACGCAAGAGAAGCUAAAAAUAUGAAAGAAUGCACUUAAAAGCCACAGGAAUACGGUAGAAUGAUAUAGCGAUCUUAUUUUCUGUUCAAUGACCUUCAUUUAUUUUAAGCCUGAACGUUCUAGCGUACACGGCACUUAACAACUGUCUACAACUUUAAUAAUUUCUCGAUAGCGGUCUUUUUUCUCUGUUUUCUUUUUUUACCUACCCUGAGUGCCAGAGGUUCAGUUUUCUUCUUUCGUGAAAGGGGGAGCUUUUUCUAACCGUGAGGGCAAUUUAUUUAAUCUUAGGAAUUUCGAGAACACACCUCUGAAGCCAGGAAAUUUUUUGUCAUGACGUCCAUGACGCCCUAAGACCUCUUCCGCUCCGAAAUUCAACAAGGCAUUAAAUUGAGUCGCAGACACUUUACCGAAUUCUACGAUAAGUUAUGUCAGUUUUGUUACAGAUCUUCGUGAGGUUUUUGAAUAUUGUUUUUCUAUCUGUACACAUUUUAACUGAACUCUGAUUUUUUUCCUGAAAACAAGAACCAGAGAACACUAUUUUGUUAAUAUGAAUUUGAGGAAACUUUGGUUGAAAAUUAAACAGUUCCUUGUUCAGUUUGGAUAUUUUGUCACUUGAUCUGGUACAGGUAAUAAAAUUACUGUCAUCCUUCAUCUACUUUACAGUUUCUAGACUUUCUUAUUGGCGUUUGAUAUCUAACCCUGUUCACAAUGCUUCCGGGCAAUAUUUAUUUAAUCUAGCAAAGACGCUGUCAUCAGUUCCCCACAAAAAAAAAAUGCCAAGUGAAAAAGCCCAAGUACAAGAAGGUUGGAGGUCAAGCAGCUGAGGAUCAAAAACAAAUCCGAACUUCCAGCUGGUGAAUAAACCAUCCUGGAUCAGUCAAGUUUUACAGUUGUCAUUGAUUGAUAGUCUUUUAUUUAUUAGUGAAGAAUAAGAAAAGGGGGGGGGGGGGGAAUGGGGGUUAAAAGAGGGGGGGACUUAUUGUUAAAACUUUCAUCCACUGAAAAGGAGGGCUUAUUUGAGAGAGGGAGCCUUAAUAGAGGAUUUAAGAUGCUGUUAUUAUUGUUUUUUUUGCGUCUCAGAUGUAAAAAAAAAGUAUUAACCCCUCUUCAAUAGCUAGCAAAAGGUGAAGAGUGUUUCCAUUGUUUGUAAUAUAGCAAUCCAAAAUGUAUUUUCCGCUUUGAAGUAGAUUUGAUUUUUAGAGCAAAAACUUUCUUAAUCCCUCAUGACUUUUGGGUUAUUUUACAUAUUACUUGGGGCUGCACUUUGCCAUUGCAAUGUGCAAAUUGACUAAAGGCUAGUCUCCAGUUGUUCAAAAAUUUGAUUGUCCUAUCUGAGUCAUGUGCACUGUAAAAGUUCCUAUCUGAUUUGGAGAUAUUAGAUCCUUUAAGUCAAACAUGCUUUGCUCGUCAGAUGGGCCAUUUCGUACUCUAAUUGAGACAUGACUUGGUAGUGGUGUGCUGAUUAUCGCUCAUAAUCUAUCAUUGAUCAGAAACCUAAAGCAAAGUGAGUAUUGCUUAUACAAAUGUUCAAUUGAUUGUUGUGGAAAAUUCGCAAAAACAUUGUUGACAAAUAAGGACAUGAAUACACCUGUGUUGUCUCCUUGAUGGGCUCUUAAUGUAGUUUAUAUGAUGUUUAGUUGGUUUUUAAAACUAUGUGACAGAUAAGCAUCGGCUUGCAGGGUAGGUUUUUUGUUUUGUUCACUUACAAAAUUAUUUUCAGUGUUGAAAGUGGCACACAGGGGUCACAAAUCUAUAAUCUACUAUAAUCAAUUAUCAGUUUAAUAGUUGGGUUAAUCUGAUUAUUUCUGAUGAUAUGAUUAUGAUACAGACACUAUGACUAAGACUAACCAACACCUUAAAGUAGACUUUGGAAGUAUUUAAGCCAGCACAUCUAACAGCUGCCACCUCACAGCCCAACACCUAAACAAGCUAAAAGCCUUGCCUUGUCCCUGUGUGGCAUUUUCCCAGGCCUUCUUGGUCAAUUCAUUUCGGUGAUGUAUCUUAGGCAAACUGGAGGGAAACUGUUUCACUGUUUCACUUGGGACCACGUGACGUGAAACUCAUUGGCCGUGACUAGGCAACUAAAAGCUCACUAUGCUACUGGGGACUCUGGCGCACAACACUUCAAAAGCCUUACAUCCCUACAUGAAAAAUCCCAUGAUCAAGACGCUGCAGGCCCCUUCCACUCUUGUUUAUUCAGUGGAUAGUGAUAUAUGCACCCUUUGAAGCAGUUUAUUUUUUUAAAUCGAAGUUUUAGAACUGAAUUAUAGCUGCUUCAUAAUCAUACCCAGCUGGUUUUGGAAUACUAUAAUGCCAGCCAAUAUUUCACCUGGUCCACAAACCCCCUUUUCAAGCAUACAGUAACAAGAACAACAUGUACACUUAGCCUACAGUAAUUAGAAGCUCAAUUAACAGGUUUUGGUUUGACAGAAAACGUAUUUAUCUUAGGAUCACUGUCACCCUAUGUAAGGGAAUCCGGAAUCUGGGAAAUUUUUCUCUUGGAAUCUGGAAUAAAGGUCAAGUACUCUAGAUCCCACUUAUAAUUGGAAUCCGGAAUCCAAGUUCGACUGACAAAGAGUCCAGAAUGCAGUAUCAAAUUGGUGUAGAAUUGAGAAUCCAAGACUGUCAGAUUUCCUUGCAUGGGCUGAUCACUGUUUUCAACUUGAUAAAAUGAAAAGACAUCAUGUGCUUUCAUUAUUUUAUUUUUGCAACUAGAAAGAAAUCCCACAAGCUUCAAACAUAAUUUAAUAUGAAAGUUUUUCAUUUCUGAGAAAAGGAAACAGUUUAUUUUCCCAAUGUCUCUGUAUUUAGCUGUAUUCUACUGUCAAUGAAAUGAGCAAAUAAUAAUAAAUUAUCAUCAUUGUGACACUGAAAACUGAAUAAAUGAAUCAGGAUUAAAAAUAUCAAAGGAUAUCGACACUAUGUUUGGCUUCAAUUUUUAGUUUUGUUUCGACAUCUGCAUCUCUCACUCCUCAUCCCCCUUCAAAAUCACCGUGGAAAACAUCAAAAGAAGGCCAGGUUAGGCCCAUGCAUGUUACGAUCAAAUGAAAAAAAAUGUUUCACUCGACAAAAAACUGCUGAGACAAAGCACAGAUUAUGCAAGAUUUCCGUGUAACCCCAUACAUUAAUAAUAUUAUGCAUACAGCUAUUGUUCAAAGAAAACAAAAGGCAGAACAAUACUAAACCUUUGCAAACGGGCAGCUAAAUUUAUUGAUAAGCUGAAGCCUUGCAAGUAUUCAUUCACAUAUCGGGAAUCAAAGAAACAAAUCUUUAGUAAUUUAGAAUCGAACACACAAACCAAAUAACACAAGCAAUACCUCUACGCCUUAUAAUAUUCCCAGCGAUUACCAUUUCAGAUAUCACUAUCUUCGAAUCUUUGCCUUCCAACGGUACAGUCACAGUUUUCCGAACAAUCAGACCUGAAUUCUGUCCACCAUUUCGGUCUCAAACACUGAAGAAAGCAUUUCUCAGCUUCUACGAAACCCUCAAAGGAUAACCAUCUUUGUUUUGGGAUGAAUAAACCAAUGAGAGCGUACGUAUGAACGCACAACAGAAUGCACCAAUCAGCGAUCGUUUUAGUUCGCUGUGUGCCAGGGUCUUCUCUCCUGCCGCCGCCAUAUUGGAAAGCGAGAAGACCCUGGGGACGAGGUUGGAAGAUUGAAAACAAGUCUUAAAUUUCGUAUUUAACACGUUUACGCUAAACUCCUAAUGAAUGUGCAUAUUGCUUACAAUUUGCAACCUUUAUUUCAUAAAAAACAACUUGUACCAGAUUGUACUGCAAACAGUUCGAACUGUCUCAAGAAAAUCCUGGGAUUUCUCGAGAAUUUCCGAGAAUCAUUCCGGGAAAAUUCUUCCGCGUUUAUUUGCACCAACCCCCCAAGUUCCUGAAAAUUCUCGGGAUUACAUUGGAAUAGAAACGGGCUAAAAAUUCUCGGGAAUUCUUGAGAAUGAAAUGGUUUCCUUUUUGAUUCUGGGAAUUCUCGCCAAUUCCCGGGAACAGGAACAUUUUAAAGGUAGAUAUUCCAAAAAAAGAACAAGUUUCCGGGAAUUUUCAGGGUUUUCAAAGAAUGGUCAGAAUUUAACAGUAAUUACAUAAAUAAUCAAAAUUCUCAAAUCUGAUUGGCUAUCAACUGCACUGAUUUUAGCCUUAAUAGGACACUACGCGUCAUGUCUAAGUAAUUGGACAGUACGCGCCAUCACCCGCGCCCUUAAAUAGCUUUUUUUUUCACUGCUGGCAAAAAAAGGGGCCUUGGAAUUUCUUGUGUGUCUUGAUUUAAAGAAAGAGGCUUAUAUAUAUCACAAAUUUUGUUAAAGUUAUGAUUAAUUGGUAACAGAACUUCGUGUCGUCCAAUUCGCUCUGUAAUCAUACUCAUGAUUAAACAAAUCGGACUCCCGUUUCGCGGUCGUCCGAUUUUGUUAAUCGCUCGUAUGAUUACAGACCCAAUUGGACUCCACUCAGUCCUGUUACCAUUACUUAUCACAAGAACUAUCACAGUCUUAUUCCAGUACUGUAUUUAUGACGGGUGCAAGGCUUAAAUUGAACUUCGGCUAUUUCUAAACGUAAAUUAAGAUACGAGAGGACAAAAUUAAAAAUUAAAGACGUGACGCUCAACGUGACAGCACUCACCGGGUGCGUCAGGCGUUAGACCCACAAGUUUAAUCUAUUUUCUAUUCUCUUUUGUAGGAUACGGUAUCCAUACGAAGAAAUCUCUACAACUGCCUAGACCAUGGUUUUGAAAAGGACUAGAACAUUAGUUCUCGCCUGCCUCCUUAUUUCCCUCUCGGUUAUGAUAAUUCUCAAAACACAUAUGAUCCCAAUAAAUCCAUCUCUCUACCACAGCCUAAAAACCCGCGAAAGACUCGUGGCAAGCGAAGGGAUGGCAACGAUGGAGACCCCAAGGACAACAAAAGAGACCCCAGACACCUCAAUAAGUCUGUUUGUGAGAAUGUCUGGCAAACGAACAGAUCACAGGGAACGUUAUGUGUGUAACGUGUUCAGGACUGCCGUUCUAUUCUGGCCUCCUUCGUUUGGAAAUUUUGUCAUAGCACUUGAUGAGGAAUCACAAGAGGAUCAUGAAUUUGCCGAAAAGUUAAAAACCCAAGCUCAUAAAUACUUUCCUGAUCGUAAACUUGAAUUCUUUUAUGAGCCUCUUCCAAAAAGACAAGAUACGCUAGCGUUUCAAGGCUCGCCUAAACCAGCCGGUUACAACAGACAGCUUUGGAGCAGUUUCUUCAUCGACUUGCUUUCAAAUGACACUGUCAUUGCGUGGAUGGACAGUGACUCAGCCUUUUUUACCCCAGUAACAAAAUCCACAAUUUUUAAUGGGACAAAGGUACGAGUCUUAGGCACAGGCUGUACAUUACAGGACCCCGGUAGGAGCUGGGUACAUAGCUGGGCACAUACUUCACAACUGGCACUAGGAGUACCAUUUGUCGCUGAUUUUAUGACUUAUUUUCCGGUAUAUAUGUACCGGGACACUGUCACUCAUUGCAGAGAGCAUAUCCUGAAACACUUAAACACAAAUAAUUUUGAAGAGGCCUUCAGAAUGUUUUACAAGGGCCUUAUCUCUCCAGUUAGCGUUAUACUCAGUUAUGCAUUUUACUUUGAGAGAGAUCGCUACGACUGGAAUUUUAAAAUCUGCAACGACCUAGCAGAAUAUAACAAAAGGUUUCCAUGUGGCCAAACCAUUGAACUAGAACAUGUACAAGAUGUUCUUACCGAGCCUCAGACAGGUUAUCAUGGUUGGGCUGGUCCUGAAUUCAGCAAAAAUGCCCUAGCUAGUUACUGUUUAUCUCACAAAGCAGCAGGAAAUAUUUUGGAUAUAUGCUCUAAUCGUACCUUUUUGCCAAGUGAUAAUUUAAUUUUUUUUGUCCACGAUCUUCAGGUGGGUAAUAGAAAUCACCCAUGCAAGGGUAACAUCACCCAAACUUGUUUGCAAGUUUUAGAACGUCAUUAUAACCAAGUCGGACGUGAGAUAAAACAAGGUCGUAAGCUAGAAUGGGGCACUCUAGAAAUUGCCGAGAAGAUUGCCAGCGAAUUUGGUGUAACAUGUCAGCCGAUUCCAGUUUGA